AGUCCAAUGGGCCCACUGAUGGGGAUCAAUCCUAAACCAACCGUGCAUCAGGCGAACAGUUUACCACUGUAACCUUUGUUAUCGGAUCUGUAGUUUGUAGUAACUUGUUCAUGGAUUACAAAACAAUGCUUCUUUCAAUGCCUGGAAGUAGGACUCAAAAGUCUGAAUCAUCAAUUUUUGAAUUAGUCUGUCCACCAAUAAAUUAAAUAAAAUGAUGAUGUGUGUACCUUUGUCAAUGUUUUAUAUUAUUUGGAAAUCUUUGUCAAAUUUCAACCAUCUACAAACUUUGCAGUUGGCUUGAGACCAUUUUACUUGGUAAACAGGAACUUUUUCUGUUAUGUAUAUAUUGUAUAUAUUAAGCAAAUACCAUUUUCUGUUUAUCUGGUGAGUCACAGUCAAACAUAAUGAUAAACAUCCUUUAUUUUCAUACCAAUUUCUGUAAUUAAUUGGAACAUUAACUAACUACGUAUGUACUGUAAGUAUAUAAGUGUGCAAAUUGAAGGACAAAUAUUCAGUGAAACAAUUCGAUUCAGCAUUAGUCUGUGGGAUGCUGUAGUUUCAUAAUGUGCAACAUGUCACUACUAUUUUGUAGUGUUUGUAUCAUUCUGUUUGCCGUUUGCUCAUCGCAUGCUGAAGAUUCAGUUGAACUUUCAGGACAAAGUCAUGAUGCACUUGUUGAAAAAUACAACAAAAUUAUUCAAAACUUGAAGGAAAAGAAUCAAAAGCUUGAACAGAUCACAGAAGGACUAAGAACUUUAUGCAGCAGUUUCAAUGACUUGCCCAAAGAGCAAGAGAUAGUGACACAUGUUGACAGUUCACCAACUGAACACAGUAUCACGCUGCAAGCCAAAACCACUCGGGCUGAAACAACUGCUGACAGUAUUUUGUUUGUUGUAGAAUAUGAAUCACCAUCAGAACCCUUGGUGCUGUGGUCGCAAGAAACUACAAUGUAUCAUUAUGAAGACAUUAUGUCAACCAAAACUGAUGUCAUAACAAAUGAAUUUGAUGGAAAGCAUGGGAAAACAACCCUUUUGACUUCCAAGACACAAAAAUUUGGCAUAAUGGUUUCUUUCCAAACUGAACUGGAUUACAUUUCUCUCGAUCUGAUUUUACCAGAAAAUAAUAGAACUGUUUCGAUGGAACAACAAGUGCCACCAGUAGAGAUGGAAGUAAUCACAGAUGGAAAAGAGGUAUCUUACACAGUUGGUGAUAUCCUAACAUUUAAUGUCACAGUAUCAUUGGCUGGUGAAGCAGAUGAAUCAGAUUACAGAAUUCAAGAUCCCCAGUGGUAUUUUAUUACAACAAACCAAUCUUCUACCCCACAAUCAGUGGUUGUAAUAACACAAUAUAAAGAUGAAAGUAAAAAAAUUCUAUUUCAGUGGAAAAAUUGAUCAAGUCCGAUACAAAUACUAGUAUCACAUACCUGUAUAAAAUUGACACAGGAAAACUUGAUGCUGGAGGAAUUUUAUAUUUCUUUGUAGCUACAUGGUCAGUAAAAGACAGUUUAAUAACAUAUGUUAGUGAAUUCCGUGGCAUAAUACUAAAACAAGCAGAGGACACAGGACCAUUUCCAGACAGGUUUGUUGGUUUUGUUCCAAACAAAGAAAAAUCACUCUGUGGAUGUCAAAAACAUGACAAAUGUGUUAUUACAUGCACAGCUGUUGACACCAGGACAGAUCCAGAUCCUAUCCAGCUGGUCAAUCAAGAUGGUCUCAACCCAGAGUUCCCAGCAAUCCAGAAGACUGUGGGUUAUUUUCAUCAUUCAUUCUUCCUUGUUGAAAAUAUGACUCUUGACAAAGAAGGCGAGUACCAGUGUUUAACUGGGACACCAGUAGCAGCUUCCACCCAAGUAACACUCACAAUGAGAGAGCACAUCAGAAUUCUGAACACUUCUGGAAUUGUCAACCAAACUAAAACGAGUCUGACAUUUAAGUGUGGAGCAAGAGGUAUUCCAACUCCAAACCUCAGAGUCAUCAAAAAUGGGUUUGAGAAUGAUCUCACCAAGACUGAUGAUGACAACAUCAGUGUAGAAAGAUUCUCAGCAAACCAUGUUACCAUGGCUACCAUCACUAUAAGCAACUUAGACAACAGUGAUUAUACCUGGGAAUAUAUGAAUUCAAUUACUUGUGAAGCCGAUAAUGAAUAUGAGACGCAAAUUGAACACUAUUAUGUUCUAUAGUGUACUAAUACUACCGACUGUUACAUACACACAUUAACCAAUUGAUUAAUAAAAAUCUUGACACACAUUGUUCAACUUGUGACCAAUACUUUUUAAGCACAUGGCCAGCACAUGUAAAUAACCUGGCUUUGAUUUCUUUAAUUUUUUUUACUGCUGAUGAAUCAAAAAUUUGUGUAGAGACAGGAAAAUCAAAAUACCAAAUUUGUAUUCAUGAAUGACCUAUGAACAGUCUUAAGCUCAUUCGUAAAGAUGAAGAUGUGCAAAUUUUCUGUGAAUUUGAAAUGAAAAUUGUUCCAUAGAUGACAUUAAAUCAAUCUAAUUAAAAUUAGCUCCACUGGUUAAUUACUAGUACCUGUGGAUCUAACAGCACCCCGUUUGA